AUAGUGUUAAGUAGUGUUUGAAUAUAGUACGCACUUUCUUCUUGUGUUCCCUGGGCCCUUCACUUCAAGCUUCGACCGAACCACUAUGUAUAGUCUCGCAUCAGGUCAGAAUUCAUAAUGAGUGAAGAGACUUCGUCCACUCAUCAUCGUCCGUAUCGAUUUUCCCACACCGGCUCACCAAUCAAUUAUUUAAACAAGGUCAACACGAGGGUGACCCACCAAAAUUUGCACCAAGUAUGGCUGAUGUUCCUCCUCGGCGUGCUAUUGCUCUUGACAGACGGUCUUUGCCACUAAGCAGAGGAGAUCCGUCGCGAAAAGAUGAUAGGACAGGUAGAGCCGACAAAGACUCGUCUAAAUGGGGGGAACGACGCAGAUGGACGCCAUCACCUUCCAGGAAUUUUAGUAGAGAGCGAGGAAGACCGAGAAGAUCGUCAAAGUCACCCCCGGGACUAGCAUACACAGAAACCUAUUACCGGUCUCCUUCAAGGCGCAGGUUUUCUCCUCCUCCGCCGAACCUCAGGUUUUCUCCUUUUCCUCGAAACUAUGGACGUAGAUCCCGUUCAUGGUCGCCUCGCCGGUUUGAACGAAGGCCGACUCCGAUUUCACCAAUUCGUUCUCCGCAUCCCAGACACACAAAUGCAUAUUCUCCUUCCCCUCCUAGACAUACACCCGAACGCAACCGAUGCCGGUCUCGAUCACGGGAAUUGCGAUAUCGUUCUCGCACUCCUUUACGCAGCCAGGAUUGUACUGGUAUUGUUGGUAGACCUCUACCGGCAGAAAGAAGGUCGUGUAACAAUCUGGUUUCGCAGAUGGAUAAAGGAGCUCCAAGUUCGGUCCGAGAACCUCGUUCAACUCCGGUACUCAAAGAACCCAAAAUGGCUUUUUCAAGGAGCACACCAACAUCCGUGCUUCCCUCUGCACAACCUGUUACUGAAAAGGAUAGCAAAUUAAAGUUACUUGUUCCGGAAGAGGCCUCACCCAGAGUGUCAUCUGAAGGUGCCUCACGAGAUGCGCCCAGCGCUCCGCUAAAUCGUAUACUUACGCAGGAAUCUGCCGGACAGCUCCAUUCACAAGAAACAAAUGUAGCCCUUUCCGAAACAUAUGCACCUUUACCUUUACCUCUCCCGAGCUCUCAACCCGAACAUCUACCUCAUCCCAAUGAACCUGAUGAAACUCCAGGGUCUUUCGAACAACAACUACUCAAACUAGCUGAUCAGGAACUCAUUAUUACCAAUCUCAUACGGGACGAGCAGGCGAUGAUGGCUCGAUCCAGAACUUUAUACGACGAGUACAUUACCGCGCACCAACGUACCCACCAGCUAAUCAUAGACCACCUCAAGGCUGCCAUGGAAGCCCGUCGCGCGCUGCGCGAGUACGAAAAAGCUAACACCGAGUUGAAGCAUUUGCAACAACGACGGCAAGCUUUGCAUAGACAUCAGGAGCUUGCUAGGUUGGGCAUGCUCGUCAUGGAUCCAUGAGCAAGGGGGAAUGGAUUCAAUGGAAUCGCCACGCCGGAUCGAGUGCUUGCUUCUGACUGUGUUCCAUUUGCGCUCAUACCGACCGCUUCAAAUAGUAUCUACUCAUCCUUGUUAUCGACAUAUAUGUAACCAAUCUUUCAUGUACCAAAAAAUACUGAAAUACAGAU